AUGUAUGGUUUAGACCUCCCUGGUUAUGAUUGUUUUAUACUAUUCUUUACAGGUGAAAUCUGUGCUUUUAAAAUUCAUGGGCAAGAAAUGCCCUUUGAAGCUGUUGUGUUAAACAAGACAUCUGGAGAAGGUCGUCUUCGAGCGAAGAGUCCUAUUGACUGCGAACUGCAGAAGGAAUAUACGUUCAUCAUCCAGGCUUACGAUUGUGGAUCAGGACCAAGUGGAACAAACUGGAAGAAAUCUCACAAGGCAGUGGUCCAUAUCCAGGUGAAGGACGUCAAUGAGUUUUCACCAGCUUUCAAGGAGAGUGUCUAUAAGGCCGCUGUGACGGAGGGAAAGAUCUAUGACAGCAUCCUGCAGGUAGAAGCCAUAGACGAGGACUGUUCCCCACAGUACAGCCAGAUCUGCAAUUAUGAAAUUGUCACAGCUUAUGUUCCUUUUGCCAUUGAUAGAAAUGGUAACAUCCGAAACACUGAGAAACUGAACUAUGAUAAACAGCACCAGUAUGAGAUAAUGGUAACAGCUUUUGACUGUGGACAAAAACGUGCAACAGAAGAUGUGUUAGUACGAGUUAAUGUCAAACCAGUGUGCAAACCAGGCUGGCAAGACUGGAACAAACGGAUUGAAUACAAGCCUGGUUCUGGCAGCUUACCUUUGUUUCCCAGCAUUCGUUUAGAAACUUGUGAUGGACCGGUUUCCUCCAUUCACACCACCAUUGAAUUACAGACCAAUUACAUCGGAAAGGGCUGCGAUCGUGAGACGUACUCAGAAAAAUCCCUGCAGAAGUUAUGUGGAGCUUCCUCAGGUGCCAUUGACCUGCUGCCGUCUCCCAGUGCAACAACUAACUGGACAGCUGGGCUGCUCAUGGAUAACAAUGACAUGAUUUUUAAAUUUGAUGGAAAGCAAGGAGCCAAAAUCCCGGAUGGAAUAGUCCCGAAGAAUUUAACUGAUCAGUUCACCAUCAGCCUGUGGAUGAAACAUGGACCUAGUCCAGGAUUAAGAGCUGAGAAAGAGACUAUUCUCUGCAAUUCUGACAAGACAGAGAUGAACCGACAUCACUACGCCCUGUACAUCCACAACUGCCGAUUAGUGUUCCUGCUGCGCAAAGACUUCGAUCAGGCUGACACCUUCCGUCCCGCCGAGUUCCACUGGAAACUUGAUCAG